AAUAUGUAUGGCGUGCGCGUCUCCAGCGUACACAGGUGCAACGCACUGGUUUCUGUUUGUUGUGGUAAUAUGCUUCAUAUCUACACUUAUGUGGUGCGUCAUAUACUUCCUGUCCCUCCGGGAGGUGCUUAAGGUGCCCAUCAACUGGAUUCUAACUGAACUUCUAAAUACAUCUUCAGCAACUUUGCUUUACAUGAUCGCAUUCAUCGUUCAGCUAUCGGUUUGGAGCGCAUACAGAUAUUCAUCAUCGAAUAUCGCUGCUGGGAUAUUUGGAAUCUUCAAUACCAUCGCAUACGCCGCCGGAGCUUAUUUCCUAUACGUCGAAUGGAAGAGCACUAACACGCAAUGAGCAUCGUUGGCCUACAGAGGAUAAGCCAGGUACCUGAAGAGCAUACAACAACAAUUGCCGCGAUUAGAUCCGCGAUUUCUCAGCGACCGUCCAAGGAAAUUUUAGCAUGGUCCCAAAAUCAUGCUUGACAAGAAAGUCAACGCUGAGAGGGACGACUUGAAACUAGUCCGGCGUGAUUCUCCUCAGAUCGUGUGUAGCUUAAAAAAAGACUCUGUACCUAUGUACCUUAAAAUUAGUUAUUUGUCGAGAUCGUCGUCGUUAGAACGAAAUUCGGUGCCGCAUCGAAAAGGGUUUUCUGCAACGAAGUCGCAGAAGCGAACGGAAUGCUACAUUCGAGAUACCUGCCUGAAGACAAUAAUGUUUAUUAAGUUUGUGCGAAAAUUGUAAUUUACUGAGAAUUAUAGCGCAGAAUUAAUCUAAAGAGAUGAAAUCAACACCUAUUUUAUAAUUACUUUAAAUGCCAAAAGAUUGUCUUUAUCGAAAAUUCUAGUAAUUUCAUGA